CGCGACGAGCGCAGCCGUUGAUUCGCGUCGUGAGCAAACGCAUAGAAUCGACAAGAUCGAGCAGUCGCGGGGGGGCUCGUAGGGUCAGCGGACAUAUUAUGUCAAAGCGAUCUGUCGCGGCAUAUCGAUGAGUGCGAGCGCGACCCGUCGUCACACUCGGAGACUCUUGCACUCGUAUGUGAGAAUAUCGUCGUUAUUAUCGUCGUCAUUGUCGCUCUAGCCGUCGACGUUAUUGUCGUUAUCAUUGCUGUCGCGUAAACGUCGACGCUCGUUUAGUUCUGUGCAGCUCUUACAUACGCAGUAUCAGAACGAGCGACGUCAAGCAGCGGAGUGCCGGAUGCAUUUUAAACGCGUGUUGUCGCCGACCCGGACGUGGGAAAUCUGAUCGCCAUCCGACACGAUUAUACGCACGAUAUAAACUUCCCAGGACACGUCGCCGUCGUCGCCGUCGCCGUCGGCCAGGAUAGCCACGCGCGAAUGUGCGUUCUUCACGGUGCCGUCAUCGCGCGAACGUACGCGUCUGUAACCCUUUUCCCGAAAGCGCCGCUAUGCUGACGCUGCAGCAUCAAUUGUCUGUGUGUUCUGGGCUGAAAAGCACAGUGAAAAGCUUGGUGGCCCAGGACACAGUAGAAAUUGAUGAAAAAAAUUGGCAAAAGAAAGUACAAUCGUGGAUGACUGAUCACUGGACACUGGAUAUUUGGAAGGCGCACAUUUACAUAGAGCGCGUUUGGAGAGAGGUUCGCGGAAAUAUUCCAAGAUAUGGAACCCGUGAAGAACAUGUCCUUGGAUAUUCAUGCGAAUAUCUCUUUAAACGCGCCUAUAGCCGCCUAAAACAAAUUGAAAACUUCUUCGAUGUCAUCGCAGAAUUAUAUCCUCCAAAAUCCAGUUUCGAAGACCAGCCGGGGACAUCUGCCGAACUAAGUACCAGUACUGCAUAAACACGCGUUUUUUGUGUACAUUUUUCAUAUGGUACCGUUUUCUACAUUGGGAACAGACAAUAGCUCGAAAAUGGGGUUGAGAAGACGGCGUAAUAAACUGUGCGGGACGAACUAAUCAGUCUAAAUCCCGUGAAAGCGCCGAAGAAAAUGAUGACUGCCAUGGCCCGGUUGCCCUGCAAGCAAUCAUCGCCCUCGCAGCAGCCGAGAGUGAACAAUUUCGGAAACAGCCGGAAUCCUUACUGGGACAUGCAGGCUAGGCAUCCUGCACCGCCGUAUGUCAGGAAUCACCAUCGGCAUACCGAUCAUACAGGUAUAUCGCAUUCGAUUGUGCUGAAGUGGCUGUGCCAGCUUAAUAGAUGGAAGCGGAAGAGCGCCGUGGAGCUGUUGCAAGAGACGAAAGCCUUUUACGUGAAGAGCGAGACCGUACUGGAUCGGAAGCAGGAGCUGAAGAACAGCGGCCACCUACAGGUCUCGCAGUUGAGCGCACCGGGCGCGCCACCCAGAUUGCUGCGGAAAUGCGCUGGCAACUCGUCUACUUGCCCUAUGCAGCCGACAUCGCCGUCGCAGAUACCAACCCCCUUAACGCCGCCUUGCUGCUGGGUCUCGUGUCACGAACAGGACAGACUAGACGGGAUUCUGAGCCCUCAACAAACACUGCCACCCGCGCUGCCACCGAAAAGUCCGCGUUUGGUUCCGGUUCCUCAAAGACGGACGAUAUCAGGACCCCCCAGCGGUACUGGGGGUGAUCAGUUGCAAACAAAACUGCGUCGGUUAUUGAAUACCGACAGUAAAGAGAAUGUAUUCUUUCCGGAAAGUUCUGCGCAAACUACGGCGCAGACCAACGGCGUAUCGCGCGAAGAGAAAUUCCGAUACUCGCCCGGAAGUCUCUCGCCCGGCUGCCGAGAUGAAGAUCGUGUGCUGCAUUGUGCGCCGCAGGAUGUUCGCUUCAAGUUCGGUAGAAGCAACUCGCACUCGCAUACAUCUGGGAGAUCAGGUAGAAAAUCAAAUAGCUCCCAGUCGGUGGAAAACACGAUAUGCCAUAAAUCCUUGCCCGAUCUACACACGAGCACGCGUCGCCGAGCAUCACUCUCGCCGCGCGCGUCCACCAAAUUGCCUAUGAAACAGUCUGGUCAUCAUCAAGCUGCGAACAAUUGCCCGGACUGCGAAACUAGUUCAGAUUAUUCGGAUCACAGUUUUAAGCGUGAUGCCGUUUGUUACCGCAGUUCCCGGCAUAUCAGGCGAUCCUUAGGAUCUGGUGGUGGUGAUGCGAGUAGUGUAUUAUCCUCAGGUGGACGGACACAAAAGUCAUCGGGUUCUAGUAAAUUGAGUCACGGUGCGACAGCGAGGGACUCCGGUGGUUCUUCCGGUCAUUGUACGCAUCGCAGCGAACCAGCACCUAGAAUACAGGAUUGCUGGAGUCAUAUACGCAGAGAUAGUGGCGCGUCCACCCAACAUUCCACAGAGAAGGAUCGGUCAAGGAAAGGUAGCUAUAUUGGUGGUACGCCACCGUCCGUUGUGAGACACUAUAGUCCCGAUUCUGAGAGCAGCAACAGUCAAACGGAUUACAGUCCGACCUGUAACUCGAGGUUUUCAGAUGGUUGGAAGGAAGGUCGCGGUCGACCGAUUUUAAGAUCAAAGUCUGACAUCAGCGAUCGAUAUUGGCGUCAGGAUAAUGGACGUUCCAGCAAACUAUCCUCCCGACCGCCACGAUCGGUCACUCAGCUCGAGAACUUUUUCGACCGUCUAGGGUUAGAUUCAGAUAACUAUCAACGCAUCACGGAACCUGAUUCGAAGUCAUCGUCGCCCGUGUUCUUUGACAGCGUCAGCUCCGUAGACUCGGCAUUGGGUCUUUACUCGUGGGUGGGUAAUAAUCAGACAAAUCAGAGCAGUCAGUGGCAGAACAAUAACUGCAGCAUCGGCAUGGGUAACGACGAAUGUAACCAAAGGGUAAACGAUCCGCCGAGUAUCGUUGAGCGAAACGCACGUAUUAUCAAAUGGCUUUGCCAAUGCCGUAAAGUGCAGUUCGGAUACAGUUAAACAGCGAGUACCUAACGUGGAUAAUUUUAAUUGUCUCUGAUAACGCACGUUUAAAUCAAUGAGAUAGUAAUGGUUGUUCGUUCUACAAACGAUGUAUCUGACAUUACAGAAAUUAUGAAUUCUCUUGUUUCUCAUAAAUAUGGAAUUGAUCGAUGUUUUCUAUCCUCCUUUGAACUAUACUCGCAUAAUUUAAGUCGUUUAGGGAUUUUAAUCGGUUUUUAUAAGAGUUUUAGUUGUUAUAAGAAUACGAUUAUUGCCGUUUUAAUUUAUUGCGCUUAACGAUAGAGACGAGUUUGUGCCAUUUUACAAUUACUUCUUGUUAGUUAUAUUGUGCCUUUCGUCGAAUUAUUGUCAUAUAAAUUCAGGGCAAAAUUGUUCGUAAUAUAUUCACGCGAUAUGUAGGUUAUCGCGUUAAAUUUACUUCUUAAAAUCUCUAGAAAAGUUUUAGUAGAGUCAAAUAUAUUUUUGUGGGCACAUUUAAGUUUUCGUUUAUAUAUGUAACGUUUCCCCCUCGUUUAUAUAUAACGUUCUUCUCGCAUAAAUUCGUUAUUGCGGUUUUACAUUAUUAAUCUUUUAAUAAGUCUAUGAUGUAUGUUAUAUGCGGGUAUUUUUCCUAUUUAGCGAAGCAAUAUUAGAUUACUACACACCAUUAUUGACGCUUCUGCAGUAGGAAGUGUAAAGGAGAGUAUAACCUUUAUA